AUGUGGGAAAAAUGGAAAACAAGAUUUUUAACUGUCGCUGAUUUUCAUGCUCCUCCCAUUACUAAAAGAGUAAGAAGCCAAUAUGCUCCGUGGAUAACAAACAACAUUAGACAAGUCAUGCGCCAAAGAGAUUACUUAAAGAAAAAGGCUGUUAAAACAAAAUCGAAACAAUUUCAUGAUGCGUAUAAGAGAACUCGAAACGAUUUAAAUAGGUUAAUUAAAAACACAAAAGCUGAGUAUUUUAUGAAUACCUUGAACGAAUGCGAUAAUAAUUCUAAAGAAAUGUGGAAAGCGGUUAAUAAACUUACUAACAAAAGCUCAAAAACUACCAUAAUCUCUGAAACCAUCAAG